AUGGCAAUUCGGGGCCGCUUUAUCCGCGAGACCGGCCCGGGCGCCCAAACCGGCGAGUGCCCCGCCGCCAUCAACCCCAUGGGGCCAAGGAGGAGUCAAUUUGGGAACAACGACCCCAUCGAAGACGACGAGGGGAACAUAUCAACCAUGGCCUCCAACACCCCAUUUACCCUCAAGUGGGGUAUCAUGGCAACUGGGUGGAUUGCUGAUGCAUUCACCCGGGAUCUGCUCACCAAUCCCACCACCACUCGCGGAGUGCACGAUGUCCGCCACGAGGUCGUUGCCGUGGCCUCGUCCAGCGCCAAGGAGAGGGCCGAGGAGUUCCUCGUCAAGAUCAAGGCCCCCAGUUCGGCCAAAGCCUACGGAUCCUACCACGAGCUCGUCGCCGACCCCGAGAUCGAUAUCAUCUAUGUGGCCACCCCGCACAGCCAUCACUUCCAAAAUGCCAUGCUUGCCCUCGAGGCUGGCAAGAAUGUCUUGUGCGAGAAGUCCCUCACGGUGACGGCCUCGCAGGCCCACAAGCUGGUCGACAAGGCUAAGGAGAAGAAUGUCUUUUUCAUGGAAGCGGUCUGGACUCGCUAUCAGCCCAUUAGCAUCAAGAUCAGGGAGUUGAUCCAGUCUGGAGUCAUUGGCCCCGUCUACCGUGUUGUUGCCGAUCUGUCGUUCGGCAAUGACAAGCCUGAUGGCACCGUUAGCUUCGCCGACACUAACCGUAUGGUCAACCCGGACCUGGCUGGAGGCGCCCUUCUUGACCUCGGCAUCUACUCGCUGACAUGGGUCUUCCAGACCAUGUACCAUCUGCAGAAGGAGAAGGAGAAGCCCAAGGUUGUGGCGGCCGUCCAAAAGUACCAUACGGGCGCCGACGAGGCCACCAGCAUUAUUGUGCAGUGGCCGCAACACAAGAGCCAGGGCAUUGCCCUCACCUCUCUCCGGCUGGCUACCGGGGUGGACAAGGAGAACACGGGCGGACCGGCUAUCCGGAUUCAGGGUUCCGGCGGCGAGAUCCACGUGACGGGACCGGCGUACCGGCCGCUGCAGUACAAGGUGAUCCGAAGUGAUGCCGGCGGCAAGAUCGAGACGGUCGACUUUUCGAUCCCCAAGGAUCCCGAGCGGGAUGAUUGGGGCCACGGCAUGUUCUGGGAGGCCGACGAGUGCGCGCGCUGCAUCCGGGACGGCAAGAAGGAGAGCGAGUCGAUGCCGUGGGAGGAGAGCCUGGUGAUCAUGGAGGUGAUGGACGAAGCGCUGAAGCAGGGCGGAGUGACGUAUCCCGACCUGAUCACGACUGAUGUGUUUGAUGCGCAGAGCCCCCUGAACACGGGCAAGAGGUAAAGUGACUACCUAGAGGAGGUCGUCAGCUGAAGUGCAUAGCAGCGUGCAGUGUGCAGCGCAGCAUUGCAGCCGAGCUCGAACUGCUGUUCAUUAGAGCCAACGUGGAGUCAAUCGAUGGGAGAAGUGAGAAGUGAGAUCGGAGAAUUAUUCAAUGUCGCAACCAACGAGAAGACUUGUGAUGGAUGCACCCCCAACGUGUCGGAUGAACAAGUACCUGGAGGUGUCUCCAUGUUCCCCUCAUG